AUGAGUGAACCUAAAGAACUGCUAAAGUCUACUUUUGAAGUAGUAAACUCCAGAAAAAUUAGAACACGGAGACGAUUUCCAAGACAGUACAAGGAACCAGUAGUUUACAGAGUGUCCAACCGGGAGAAGUGCCACUAUGAUCGGAACAAAGAGUUGAAGGCCUUUGACGAAACAAAAACUGGUGUCAAAGGAAUAGUUGAUUUGGGAAUUGAAAAGAUUCCUCAAAUGCUUGUCCGGACACAAGAUGAGUUCACCGAGGACUUGGCAUAUACAGAUGCUACAAGGGAUCAGUUUCAGACUCCGGUUAUUGACCUCCAGGGAAUUGAUUAUCGACGUAGCGAGAUUAUCGAUGAAAUUAGACGUGCAUCGAUGACUUGGGGAUUCUUUCAACUGGUGAAUCAUGAAAUCCCUGUAAGUGUGACCAAUGAAAUGAUCGAAGGCAUACGUAGAUUUCAUGAAGGAGAUAUAGAGGUGAAGAAACGGUUAUACGUGAAAGAAAUGAUGAGCCAAAAAGUACAAUAUUACAGUAACUAUGAUCUUAAUGAAUCAAGAUCUGCUAAUUGGAGGGAUACGUUUCGAUGUCGUUUGUUAAAUCCAGAUCCUAUAGAUCCUCAACUUUUGCCUGAAACUUGCCGGGAUAUAAUUGUUGAGUACUGGAAGCAUAUUAUGAGCCUAGGAGAUAUUCUUGCUGAGUUAUUCUCAGAGGCUUUAGGACUACACAAAGACCACCUUAAAUGCAUGGACUGUACUCAAUACUUGGGUCACUACUAUCCACCAUGCCCUGAGCCUGAACUGACCAUGGGCUCAACAAAGCAUGCGGACCAAAGUUUCUUCACAAUUCUUCUCCAAGAUCAGGUUGCUGGACUACAAUUUCUACACCAAAUCACUGGGUUACUGUCAAACCCAUCACUGGAGCCUUAACUGUAAACAUUGGCGAUCUUAUUCAGCUUAUAAGCAAUGACAAGUUUAAAAGCUCUGAGCAUAGGGUAGUCGCAAGCCAUGUCGGGCCAAGAAUUUCAGUAGGGUGUUUUUAUAGAGCAAGUUUGGACAAACCAACAUUGCUUUACCCAAUAAGAGAGCUAACAUCUGAAACUAAUCCCCCUGUAUACCAAAAUAUCACAUUUAAAGAGUAUAUCGAUUAUGCCCAUUCUAGAGGGCUCGAUGGCGUUUCCUCCCUAAACUACUUUAAGCUGUGAUGAGUCUCGGUUGAUAGCAAUGUGGUGUGUGUUAUUCUUGUAACUUGGCUCAUGUAAUGGGAGACUCAGAUUUCAAUCGCCAUCAAAUAUCCUAAACAUGUUCAUUUUCCUGUGCAGUUUGAAUCUUUCUUUAACAUUUCUUAGUCUAUCUGUCUCCAACCUGCUUUACUGCUUUAGACCCAUUUUUCAGAAAGACUAGAAAGACUAGCAAAUGAUUAAUAUUAAUUUUCAGGAAAACCAGUUCAUUUUCCUGUGCAGUAAAACUCCCACUGGGAAAAUGCUUUAUACAACCAAAUCUGUAGAACCCAUAACUUUCAAAUGGUUCAGUAUUCCUAAAUCUAGAGUUUAGAUGAGUAUCGUGCAGUGGGAUGAGGGAAACCAAGUAAAGCAUCGCUUUUGCCUCCUCGAGGUACAACACGUGGCAGGGAAUAUAUUUAAUAAGACAAAAGAAAUUAAGGGGAGCCCAUAAAGGUUCGUUAAUACUUACGCUUGAAUAAGAGGAGACG